AAAAGGGGGGUCCCUGCUGAUUCACAAUCAGUCCGCCUUCUUUGGUUUUGAAGAAUCUGAAAGGGAAAACACGAACACUCUUAGAAAGAAGAUGCUGGGACCAAUCAGGAUCAUCGCUACCGUUGCGGUCAUUUUGUCUCUGACUGUUCUUGGGACAGAUGGAAACAAGGCUAAUGACUGCUGCAAAGAGGUCUCCACUCACAACAUAACUGUGCCCAUUCUUGGGUACAGAAUUCAGCACAAGAAUCUACCCUGCGUCAAAGCAGUGAUCUUUCUGACAGAAGAGGGGGAGAAAUGCAGCCACUGGAGGGAGAACUGGGUGUUCCAGAAGGUUCAGGAACUUGAGAAAGCCCGAAAGAGACAGCUGAAGAUCUCUUCACGAUAAGAGUGGCACAGGCUGCUGGCAUAGCAGAGCUUGUCCGAUGACUUCCAUAUUUAUGCAUCUUUGAAUGAUUUGUAGUUUUUUAUUUGUAAUCUAAUUUACUUUAAAUUAUUGAAAUAUUGUACACAAUAGGUAUAACUGGAGUUAUUUAUUUCUAUAAAUUAUUAUUACCGAUAGGUAUUCUGAGUAAAAUAUUAAUAAAAAUGACUUUCACUUUGCA